UUUACAGAAAUUCGCCUCGUGGCCCGUCCGUAGGAUUACAUGUGGGAUUGACUUCUGUCCAGUUUUAACUCAACCUAUUCCUUUGCAGCUCUGAUUUAUUUGUAUCAUAAUUUCAGCUUUUGAAUCUGAAUUGAAACUCUUUAGGUACUUCAAAUUAUCAUUUGGAUCCAAUAUUCAGUGGUGAGGCAAGACAUCGAGUGCUCACUGCCUCAAGUCCUACCGACAUACUAUUUUUCCUACUGUGCUUACACCUGACGAAUUUAGCCCAUGAAGAAGUGAGUGGGAAUUCAAGCGUAUUCUGCUCUGAAAUUUGAGGGUUUCGAUGGAGAGGGCGUCGGAAAGGAAGCUAGUAGUGGCACAAGAUGGACGCGGGGACUUCAGCACGGUACAGGACGCCAUAGACGCCGUGCCGCUGGCCAACAGGGACAGAAUUGUUAUUGAGAUUUUGCCUGGGGUUUACAGACAGCCAGUUUAUGUGCCCAAGACUAAGGAUUUCAUCACACUGCGUGGGUUUUGCGCAGAGGAUACGAUUUUGACAUGUAAAAAUACCGCCACUUGCAUCGAACAUCAUCAGGCAGCACGUGUAAUAGGUACAGGAACUUUUGGAUGUGGUACUGUGAUUGUAGAAGGACAUGAUUUUAUAGCUGAGGGAAUUACAUUUGAAAAUGCUUCACCACAGGGUUCAGGUCAAGCUGUGGCCAUUCGUGUGACAGCCGACAGGUGUGCUUUCUACAGCUGCAGAUUUCUGGGGUGGCAGGACACUGCUUACCUACAUUAUGGGAAGCACUAUUUGAGAGAUUGUUACAUUGAAGGCAGCGUAGACUUUAUAUUUGGCAAUGCCACAGCUCUACUAGAGAAUUGCCACAUUCACUGCAAGUCACAAGGGUUUAUCACUGCUCACAGCCGGAAAUCUGCAGAAGAAUCAACAGGCUAUGUAUUCCUCAGGAUCCUAAGGAAGACAUGGAGUGGGAUGUUGGUUCUCAUAUGCUGUUGGAUUGAUCACGUGAGUGCAAUUGGGUUACUUAAUGCUGCUGAAGUCCUGCAUGGAGAACAUUGUGUAUCAUCACUGGCAGUGGAGGAAACUGUUGCAUGCAUCUUGGACGGCCAUGGGCACCAUUUGGCAGAGUGGUAUUUGCAUAUACAUGGAUGGAUGCAUGCAUCAAACCAGAGGGCUGGAAUAACUGGAAUAAACCUGAAAAUGAAAGAAGUGCUUGCUUCUAUGAAUACAGGUGCUCAGGCCCAGGAAGCGACCCAUCAAAAAGAGUUCAUUGGGCAAGGCAGCUGAUGGAUGAUGAGGCAGCACAAUUUGUUGCUCACUAUUUUGUUGAUCCAGAUCAACAAAGGCCUUGGUUGAAGAACAAACUUUCUAUCAAAUUGCCAUUCUCAGCUUAGCUGUAUGACCAAUAUAAGGACAAUUGCUUAAGCUUGUUUUUCUUCAAAAAUAUUUAAUCACAAUAGAACUAUUUGUUCCCCAUGAUAAGUCAAGAGGGAUAUCAACAAAGUUUGGGUUAAGGUUAACCCUUCUGCAAUGUUCUCAGUCAACCAUCUUUGGCUGUGAUUAUAGGGGGAAACUUAAAAUCACAUCGGUCGUGAUGAUUGCACUUUUAAAAUUAUUUCAAUUUGUCGAUGAUCAUGAUACUAUUGAAACAUGCACUCUGAAAUAUAAAAUAGAUGGUGAAAAAGAAAACAGAAUCUAAAUGGCAGAAUUUUCAGAUGCAAUGAUUUUACUUGCAGUUAAAACAUGAAUGUAAACGCAUAUUUAAAGCCCUUGCUGACAAUAGCUUGAGA